AUUUACGUCAAACUUUUCGCUAGUGUCUUAUUUAUUUUUGUUUCGUUGCCAAUUAUUGAAGCCCUUAUGGCGUCAUAACUAAUGCUGACAUACAGAGAUUAGCAAGCGCAAAUAAGGUUUUAAAAAGCACGCUCAACAAUAGUGUAAAAUAGACUAUGGCGAUGGAAGUGCAACCGUUUCUUCACGAAGUGCGAUACGAUCAGACCUGGCUUGAACAAGUCUUGCUGCAACUAGGAGACUUGUUUGAAAUCCGCAUAGUAUGGAACAGUGACACCGCAGUCUUGACAGGGGCAUUUGCUCUGGCCGGGGGGCUGGUUGGAGGGUAUGCGGGCGGCAGGAUGGGGGCUGCGCUGGGGGUCGGUAUCGGCGGUGCAGCGGGCCUUGGGGUCUCUACAUAUGUCUCCCUUCGAGAAAUCUGGGCUUCAGUAAAACACCAGCUCAAAGAGAUCCUGUUCAUCAUCUUCAACUAUCUCCGACGCAUGGACCCAGUGGACUACUACCACGCGUUGGAGCUCGUCCUAGCCUGCACGGCUAGUCGGAGGGAACUGGUGCUGACUUUAUUGGACUUCAUCGCUUCUAAAUUAGGGAAGGAAGUGCUAUCUAGUAUUACUGUGGCGUAGGACUGGAAUAUGGAUUAAGUAGAAGGUUGUGAUGUGCUAAUGUUGAAAAUUUUAGCUUUGUGAUUAAAGGUUUCACUGGUUCAUGACACUAGUUUAUUUGUAGGUAUGUCAAGAGUUGCAACAUUGCACUUUAUUAAGAGUUGCACUACUUGCACUAGGUAUUGUUUUUCUAAAAGGUUUUUUAAACGUGAUGUGGACAUCUCUGUAAAGAUGUUGAUUUAUAAAACCAAUGUUCUAAAAUAUAACAAAACCAUGUUGAAUAAUCUCAUGUGAAUUUAAGGUUUUAAUGGUGACUUAUUGAAUACACUUGUUUGUAUAACUGA